UGUUGAUAUAGUCAAAUUUAGCCAUUACAUGUUAAAACAGCUUGCCAUAUCCUUCAGCCAAGCCCUCCUGUCCUGAGUCCUACUGAGCAUCUGUUUGGUGGAAAGAGGCGGGAGCGACUGAAGAGGACGGUGAAAGCCUCGGGGAAAGACUCUAAUAACGCACAGAGCAAAACCUUCAAUAUCAACAGUUUGCUGUUAAAAGAAGAGAUUACACAACUGCUACCUGUAUUGCCCUCUGCUGGUUGACCAGAUGAGACAAGAUGACUGCGUUGCCAUUCCCCUGUCCUGUCCAUAUGGGUGUCACUGGAGGCCUACAAACUCAACUGCACAAAUACACUUUGGAGGGAAAUCUUACCAAGUUGGAGAAACUGCUUAAAAAGGGUGUUGAUGUGAACUGUGUGAAUCACCUGGGUCAGAGUCCACUGUUCUGUGCUGCUCUCUUGGGCCAAGUGAAGGUGACGGAGCUGCUUCUUCAUUAUGGAGCUGACCCCAACCAUCGCUGUGAGGACUGGAGCACCCCAGUUCAUGCAGGUGUAUUCUCCUGCAACACUUCAGUGGUGAGUGGCUUGCUGGAUGCUGGAGGAGAUCUAAGACUCCAUGAUGGGGAAGGCAGGACCCCCUUUGAAUGGCUCAGGGUUGUGAAGCAGGAAGGCAAUGCCCGGAUGCAAGAUUUCCUGGAGAGCUGCCUGUCCUCUAUGCAAAAGCUGUGUCAGAGCUCAGCCAUGAAGAAGCUGUACAGUGGCCAGCCCCACAUCUCAACCUCCACACUGUUGCACCCUGUAUCUUUGCUGGAUCGCUUUAAAUCACGUGGAAUGGACAUGCAGUUCAAGAAGAGGAUGAACAGCAGGUCCUCCUGCAUGACAGCCCACUGUUUGGGCUUUGGAAAGGUGUGUGUAAACAAGCCAUGCCAGGAAUUGGCUUUGCCAGCAUCUAUUCCACUGAUAAGAAAGAGUGAUCUGACCCAGGCUGAUGAUGGACCUCUGCUCUCUUUCACCUGUGGGUCUUUGACCUCCAUGACCAAGUACAACUGGAGAGGCUCCAGGGUUACAGUGAAGACAAUGCGGGAUUGUCACAAAGCCCAUCUGGACCUGCUCCUCAUAGAACAAGACUACUGUAGCAAGCUGUUCCACCCACAGCUGCUGCAGCUGAUGGCAGUGAGUCUGUCUGAUGACCUCCAGUGGACCGGUCUGGUGUUUGAGUGCGUCACUGUUGGCACACUGCACAAUCUGCUACACAACAGGCGUGCUGAGUUCCCAGUGCUGCAGGACAGAUGGCUGCUGUCAGUGAUGUUGCAGGUUUGCGAAGGUCUGCAGUACCUCCACGGAGGAGGUCUGGUGAUGAGGGCCUUGUCUUCCCACAGUGUGGUCCUCACAAAGUUCAGAGUGGCCAAACUAACCUGUUUAGGCUUCAUGGUCCCCAGUAGUGAAAGUGCAUGUGUCCAAACCCCCAAGAGUAUAGUCCUGCCCUCCAGCCUUUAUAGAUGGGCUGCUCCAGAGGUCAUUAAACAGCGGCCCUGCACAAAGGAGGCUGAUGUCUACAGUCUUUGUGCUCUGAUCCAGGAACUCUACACAGACAGUGAACCAUGGGGCACUGUGAACCCGGACAGGAUAAAGCAGGUGAUGGAUGCAGGUGAGGCCCUGGCAGCAGACAGCAGCGUUCCACAGCCGUACUAUGAUGUAGUCCUGAAAGGCUUGAAGCAACACCCACAGGACCGCACCUGCAGCCUGCAGAGCCUGUGCUCCAUACUGCAACAUGACAUCAAGAGGUUGUCCCGUGACGAGCAGAUGAGUGGUGGGCUGUGUGUCUUUCCAGAACAACAUCAGGGGCUGGGCGUCCAGAGAACAACACAGCAUAACAUUGUGGGGGAACCAGUACAGAGCGCUGUCCGGCCAGUUACAAUCAAGGCUGAAACAGCGGUGGAAAGACAGACCCACCUGGACAGACAGCUGGACAGACAGUCGUACAGUGGAGCAAAGCCAGAGCUGGAGAGAGAAAGAGAUGAAUGUACGGAGGUAGAAUCCAUGCUCCAGCAAGUGGGGCCUUAUACAGAAAUGUGCUCUUUGCUUGAAGAGUUUUACUCAGGUAGUGCUGAGGAGGAAUCUGAAACAGAGGCAGACAUAGACAGGGAGAUAGUGGAGCUGUCCAAAAUUACAGUGGAUCAGCAGCUUAGCACCAUUUUGGUCAACCUCAAAGUGUCGCAGGAGUUGCUGCAGCAGGCUAACUGGAGCCUAGACACAGUGGAGAGAGUUCUCCUGCUGGACCACAGAACGGAGGACCAACUGGAUUCACUGACUGGGUUUAGAGAUGCUCCUCCCUCCUCCUCCAUGUCUUCCUUCUCCAUAUCCUCCACAAAUACUUCUGGAGUUAAUACUGCUGCUGCACCACCCUCAAAGCAUUACAGUCUCUUUCUGCAAAGGGAGGAUCAUUGGGUACAGAACCUGGAGGCCCAGCUCCUGAGCAGAGAUUGGGAACUGCUGAGCCAUAAAGAUUUGGCUUUGUGGCAGAGUCACUAUCCAGCUGAACAGCAGCAUUAUGAGCAGGACUGGUCGCUGCAACUUUCUUCACGUAGCUAUAUGACAGAGAGCCAUUCAGAGAGAGCUGAUCACAGCACAAACAAGCUGAGCCAGUACAGAUCAGCUCUGAACGACAGCCUUGUCAACGUCUUCUCUGGGAAUAAGCUGCAGACAUCCAGUUCACCAGAAUAUGCAAAUGUUACAGUGGAGGUGUGCAGGCCAGCACCUAGUGAGAAUCCACUGCUCGAUACUUGCAACAACAAAUGCGAGAGCUUUCCAAACAUCUGUGAGGAAACAGAUGCAGAUGUCAGUGGAACACAGACACAGUAUACACCCAACACUAACAUGGCUUGGUCAGACAUGGCUCUGCUGGCUGAAGUCUCCAGCAGCUCAUAUUCUCCAACUCUGCCUCAGGAGAAACUCCACAGUAUCUAUGUCAACAGACAUGGCCCACCCUGUAAUAGUACCCCACGUAGCCCAGAUGUACACUGGCGUAUGAUGACGGAUGUUAUUGAGGCUAAUCUCCCAGACUCCCCUGCCUGCAGCCAUCUCCAGAGUGAAAAUUUCACCACACCAAGAGAAAGCACUGUACAGGGGACAAACAUUUGUCAGCCUCCACCCUUCGAGGUAGAUUCUGCCAACAGUCUCCAGUGCUUCAUCACAGCCAGCCAAGAAAAGCUGUUCACAGACAGUGUAUCUCCCAGCUCCAGUGUCCACAGAGGCCACAGCACUGAGGAAGGAGAGCACAGAGUACAACUGCAAGAGGAAGGAGAGGGAGCAGGAGUGUCUGAGCUGGAAGGGAGUGAAGAGAGGCAGGAGGAAAUGGAGGGAACCAGUGUUGAGGAAGAAAAGGAGGAAGAAAUGGAAGACAAGGCAGAAGAGGAGACUGAGGAAAUGGAGAAAGGAUUACAGAUGGUCAAACAGUGCACUGAAGGAGAAGAAGAGGAGGACGAGAUAGCGAAACAUGUUAUAAAAGGCAGUGAGGUGGAGGAGCACGACCCACAGAGAGAUGUGGGAUCAGAAGUGGAGGAAGAGGAGGAUGAAGAUAUUGAUGACAGGAUGAAGAACAUAACAGGAUUAUUGGGUAACAGUGAAGAGACAGGAGACAACACCUUUGUUAACAUCAGGGACCUGGGUGCAGACACAGUCACUGCAGAUCCUGAGAAGAAGAACGAGAUGGGGGUGUGUCCGGAGUCAUGGUGGAGUCUCAGUUUACUGGAGGAUACCAACAGAGCCCACUCAACACUAGAUGAUGUGCUGCAGGGUCUUGUAGUAGACGGCACCAGAAAGAGUCCAGGAACCAGUAAAGAAGCCACCACAGUGUUUCAGGUGUUUGAAGGACAGACUUGUGAUGAAUGACACGCAGGCAGCUCCGGUGAUGACUGGUCCACCACCCAAAUGUCUCAACUGGACUGUGUGGGAGCAGGAGCAGACUCUUCAUGAACUACACCAACAUGUUCUUUAAUGUGUGAAACUGCAGUUUUGUUACUGGUGUUGUAUUUCCCAGGGUGUUUUGUUUGUAGUUUGCUGUUUUUAAGAAAGCUCUGUUAUUCUUGAAGAUUUGACUUAAACAGUUGCUGAAGCUGUGAAUACACUGUCUGUAAAGGUGUUUGUUUACAUUGUGCUGUUUGAGGAUGUGCAAAUAAAAAUCAUAUGCAAUGCAA